CUGAAGGAACAUAACCGGAAGUCGUACUCCCUGUGUACAUAUAGUACUUGACGUGUGGAGCAUCAACCAUGGACGAUUAUCACACAGAAGAGGAGACUGCAUUCAUCAACGAAGAAGUGAGCAAAAUCAUCAAAGAGUCAGUGGAAGCAGCAAUUGGGGGAAAUUCAUACCAGCACAGCAGAGUGAAUCAGUGGACCACCAGUGUUGUGGAGCAGUGCCUCAGUCAACUCAGCAAACUAGGGAAGCCUUUCAAAUACAUCGUGACCUGUAUCAUCAUGCAAAAAAAUGGCGCAGGUUUGCAAACAGCCAGUACAUGCUUCUGGGACAACUCAACUGAUGGGAGCUGUGCAGUGAGAUGGGAGAACAAGUCCAUGUACUGUAUCGUCAGUGUCUUCGGGCUGGCCAUCUGAAAAACAUCAGUGUGCAUAAACUGAAUGAAAAGUGUGAGAUAUUUGUGUAUUUUUGAGGAUCUGUUGUAUUUUAUAUCAAAUGAAGUGUAAUAAUAAAACUUUGCAAUACUGUG